GUGAAAAACUGAAAAAGGAAUUGAGAUUUGCAAAGCUUUUUAAAGGGGAAGACGGAAGAGUUGGGAGAAAGGAGCAAUUGGGGAAGCCAUGGAUUUGCUUCCGGUGGAUACCACUCGGUUAGCACAGAGGCAUGGAUUUAGGUCAUUGAAGCUGGUGAAUGUAUCGAUGGAUGAUGUUCUUAGUGAAGACCCAGUUGGAGUGGAUUAUGGUAGGCUCGAUAACGGUUUAUGUUAUUACGUUCGAUCUAAUUCUAAGCCCAGAAUGCGCGCUGCUCUUGCCCUUGCUAUUAAGGCCGGUUCAGUUUUGGAAGAGGAGGAUGAGAGGGGAGUUGCCCACAUAGUCGAGCAUCUUGCUUUCAGUGCCACCAAGAAAUAUACAAAUCAUGACAUUGUCAAGUUUCUGGAAAGCAUUGGGGCAGAGUUUGGUGCUUGUCAGAAUGCCUCAACAUCAGCCGAUGAAACUAUAUAUGAGUUGCUCAUUCCUGUUGACAAGCCUGAGCUCUUAUCUCGGGCUAUAUCGGUCUUGGCAGAAUUUAGCUCCGAGGUACGAGUUUCAGCAGAUGAUUUGGAAAAAGAAAGAGGAGCUGUUUUAGAAGAAUACAGAGGAAGCCGCAAUGCUAAUGGCCGAAUGCAGGAUGCUCAUUGGGUUUUAAUGAUGGAAGGUUCUAAGUAUGCUGAGCGUUUACCAAUUGGACUUGAAAAGGUGAUUCGGACGGUUUCUCCUGAGACUGUCAAGCAAUUUUACCGGAAGUGGUACCAUUUGCACCAUAUGGCGGUGGUAGCUGUUGGAGAUUUUUCUGAUACUCAGAGUGUAGUUGAAUUGAUAAAGACUCAUUUUGGACAUAAAGUUUCUGCUUCUUACCCCCCAAUUAUACCUUAUUUCCCUGUUCCAUCCAAUGAUGAGCCUCGGUUUUCUUGUUUUGUUGAAUCUGAAGCUGCUGGGUCUGCAGUGAUGAUCAGUUGUAAGAUGCCAGUGGGAGAGCUGAAGAUUGUGAAGGAUUACAGGGAUUCACUAGCAGAAGCAAUGUUCCAUUGUGCUCUAAACCAGAGAUUCUUUAAACUAUCUCGUAGAAAGGAUCCACCAUACUUCUCAUGCUCUUCUGCUGCUGAUGUCCUUGUUAGACCUAUGAAGGCUUAUAUAAUGACUUCGACUUGCAAAGAGAAAGGGACUGUUGAAGCCCUCGAAUCAAUACUAAUGGAGGUUGCAAGGGUUCGGCUGCAUGGGUUUUCAGAUCGUGAAAUAUCUACUGUCCGAGCUUUAAUGAUGUCAGAAAUCGAAUCUGCCUAUUUAGAGCGUGAUCAAAUGCAGUCAACAAGCCUGCGAGAUGAAUAUCUGCAGCAUUUUCUCCACAAUGAGCCUGUUGUUGGAAUUGAGUAUGAGGCACAACUACAAAAAACUAUCUUACCUCAAAUAUCAGCGGCAGAGGUAUCCAAGUAUGCUGAGAACUUCCGUACAUCAUGCAGCUGCGUGAUUAAGACAGUUGAACCUCGAGCUACUGCAACUGUAGCUGAUCUUAAAACAGCUGUGAUGAAGGUUAAUUCUCUUGAGGAAGAAAGAAAUAUUUCCCCAUGGGACGAUGAAAACAUUCCAGACGAAAUUGUCAGCACAAAACCUGAUCCAGGAGACAUUUUGCAGCAGCGAGAGUUUUCAAGUAUUGGGGUCACAGAGUUACUUCUAUCAAAUGGCAUGAGAGUUUGCUACAAGUGCACAGAUUUUCUUGAUGAUCAGGUUCUCUUCACGGGGUUUACAUAUGGGGGUCUAUCUGAGCUCGCAGAAAGUGAUUAUUUUUCAUGUUCAAUGGGCUCGACCAUUGCCGGAGAAAUUGGAGUAUUUGGUCACAGACCAUCUGUGCUCAUGGACCUGCUAGCUGGUAAGAGAGCUGAAGUUGGCACUAAAGUUGGAGCGUACAUGAGAACCUUCUCUGGUGAUUGCUCACCUUCUGACCUGGAAACUGCCUUGCAGCUCGUCUAUCAACUAUUCACAACAGAUGUAGUGCCUGGAGAAGAAGAAGUCAAAAUAGUGAUGCAAAUGGCUGAAGAAGCAAUUCAUGCUCAAGAGAGGGAUCCCUAUACUGCAUUUGCAAAUCGUGUGCGGGAGCUUAACUAUGGGAACUCCUACUUUUUUAGGCCAAUUAGAAUUAACGACCUUCGAAAAGUUGAUCCUCGAAGAGCUUGCGAGUAUUUCAUUAACUGUUUUAAGGAUCCUUCAACUUUUACUCUCGUAAUCGUUGGAAAUAUUAAUCCUUCUGUGGCACGCCCUUUAAUAUUGCAGUAUCUGGGUGGGAUACCAAAGCCUCCGGAACCAAUCUUACAUUUCAGCCGCGACGACUUAAAAGGCUUGCCUUUCACUUUUCCUGCAACCAUCAUUAGAGAUGUAGUUCACAGUCCCAUGGUGGAAGCACAAUGUUCGGUGCAGCUAUCCUUUCCUGUGGAGCUGAAGAAUGAAAAUAUGAUUGAAGAAAUUCACUUUAUUGGGUUUCUGUGCAAACUUCUGGAAACAAAAAUAAUGCAAGUUCUUCGGUUCAAGCAUGGACAGAUAUACUCAGUAGGUGUUUCAGUAUUCCUUGGGGGUAAUAAACCAUCGAGAACUGGGGAUGUGCGUGGUGAUAUUAGCGUAAAUUUUUCUUGUGACCCAGAUAUCUCAUCAGUGUUGGUUGACCUUGCUUUAGACGAAAUAUCACGUCUUCAGCAGGAAGGCCCCUCAGAUGAGGAUGUUUCAACCAUUCUUGAAAUUGAGCAACGAGCCCAUGAAAAUGGACUGCAGGAAAACUACUACUGGCUGGAUAGAAUUCUGCGCAGCUACCAGUCAAGGGUUUAUUCUGGUGAUGUUAGCGCUUCUUUUGAGAUUCAAGAUGAAGGACGCAUCAAAGUAAGAGAAUCCUUGCGACCAUCAACAGCACAAUUGGCAUUGCAACGGAUAUUGCCUUUUCCAUGCAGAAAACAGUAUACUGUAGUAAUACUCAUGCCUCUGACAUCUCGAUUGAAAGUGCUCGAAUCUUUCAUCCAAUCUAUGCCAAACAGACUUGGUAAAGAAGCAAAGAUUCUGGGCGGCAUUGCAGGUGUUGUGGUUUUAGCACUGACAUUGUGGAGAUACUCGAGGAGCACCUGUAAAUCUUAGGGUAUAUUGCUUUAUCAGAGCCCUAUACACUUGAAGAAAAAGUAUAUCCUAUAGGAAAAACAGAUUUUUGCCAAAAGAAAUUGUAGGCUCUCAUAGAAAUCUUAGAAAAUUUGAGUCCCUGAAGAGCAAAUUUCUGCAAGGAAUUAGAGAGGUCAUCCUUACAAUUAGGGGAUGAAGUUCCAGAAUUCAAAUCUGAGCUCAUAUAAAGUCCAAUGUCUUGGUCUAUAGUUAGUCAAUUAAUUACUAUGCCAUUAUGGGUCUCACCAUUCUGUAUCAUACAACAUUAUUCUUUUCCAUUAAUGCAUUAUGCUCUGAGAGGGAGCAUAGGCCAUAGGAAUUACAUGAGGUGGUUGGUUUAUCAAGGUGAUGUAGCCACAUUGAGAAACCUAAUCUGAUUGAAUUGUUACUCAACUAACGACUCUAAGCUCAAGUA